GCCACAUUCAGUCGUUGUCAGACAUUUCAUGCGGAAGGUCUUCUCGUUCGUACAUUCAACCUCAAUAGCAUACCUUCAGUUGCAUUUUUCUCACAAUACGAAAAUACGAUCAUUCUUGUGACUGUAGCGUGUGAUUAAAAAUUAUAUAUACUCAAGUGUUAUUAUCCUGUCAAUCAGGGAGGGAUAAAUUUUAUUUAUAAUACUUUUUCUUUAUUCCUGGAAGUGUCUCAUUGUGGGAAAAUUAUCUGAAAGAUUGCUCUGGGAGUUCAGGGAGUGUUGGUGAAGUUCCGUUGAGUGCGUUCCUAAACAGAGAAUUGGAGUUUAUGUGACAAAAAACCCACAUUGCAAGUGACAAGUGAGAGGCAGGAUUAAUUAAUCGUUUUCACUCUGUAAUGGAUUAAAAUACCUGACACAUCGCACAAGGAUUAUUACCAACAGUGCUCGACGUUGAUGAAAGUUUUGUGUGACGAAUUAGCUUGAAAAAAAAGAAAGAGUCUGCAAAAAGAUUAAUUUUUAAAGAAUGCGGGAUGUAAAGUGAUCAGAAAGCAAAGUGAAAAAAUAUUUUGAAGAGGAUUUAAAUAAAAUCAGGAGGAAAGAGUGUCUAAAAGUGCUAAUUUGGGAUCAACUGCCACCAUGCUGACGUCCAGCAAUCCCAGCAAUCAGUACUUGAGACCCGACUACCUGACACCGCUUCCAACAUCUUUGGACGCAAAAAACAGCCCCUUGGCCCUGUUAGCGCAAACCUGCAGCUCAAUCGGAGCUGAUUCACCAAAUCCAAAACUCCUUGCGAAUAUUGAGAAGAGUUCAAAGGCACACAGCAAAUCGGAAAUUGGGCGGGAUAAAUCAUCACCCGGAAGUCAAUCUUCCCUGUCGAAUGGCUCGUCAAGUGAUAUAAUCAAGUCUAGCUUUAAGCCCUACGAUUUGGGCAAUCGUGAGAAAGCAACAACACCCGAGGAGCGAUCAGUUUCACGAACUAGAACACCCAAAGUUACAACACCUGUUCCAAGUCAGCCACCAAUGCAGCUAAAUGGGCGAUGUGGGAGCAAUCAGAGUGCCACGUCGCCACGCUCAUCACCGGCGACAAAUGCCCAUAGAAAGUCCACACCGAGUGUGGCACAUGCUGAAAAAAGUGCUAGUCCUCAACGUGCCUCAUCCAAGGAGUCCUCAAGUGGUGCCCAUAGCAAUUCUGCGCUAGACAGCCCUGGUGUUAGAUUGGCAGAAGCCGCUGCGAAAGAUUUGAGUGCAGCCAAAGUAAGUACGUCACUGGGUCUGCCGACAUCAACCGCCUCAGCGGCCUUCCUGUCUGGCUACCCACCACCUGGUCUACCCUACCCAAUGGACCUCAUGACGGCGAGUGCCCUAAUGGCGCCGCAUCAUUCAAUGCUAAAAGCCGCCGCUCUGAAUCCUUACCUCAACUAUGCCCGAAUGAAAGUACCUGGAUCACCGGCUGAUGCCAUGAUGGUCUGCCGAGAUCCCUACUGUACUGGCUGUGCUCUAAGCAAUCAUAUGCUGUCCAAACCUGCAUCAUCGCCCUCCACAUGCCCCGCUGGCUGUACCCAAUGUGAUCAUCCUGCUGCCAAAGGAUUCCCAACGUCCCUCUCAGCAGCUCACAAUUCCGCCGCUGCGGCGUACGCUCAUGCUCAACUAGCUGCUUUUGCAGCAGCAUCGCAGCUUCCAUUUGUUUGCAAUUGGAUAGCCAGUGAUGCCUCAUACUGCGGAAAACGCUUCGGUACAUCAGAUGAACUUCUGCAGCACCUACGCACCCAUACCUCCAACAUGUCCGAAUCAAUGCUCACCACAGCUGCAGCUACGGGUCUUCCGCCUACGCAUCCCCUUCUCCAACGAACCUACCCUACACCACCCCUUAGCCCCCUCUCAACUGCGAGGUAUCAUCCAUACAGCAAAGCCUCCCUGUUGCCACCAACACUUCCGCCGCCAUCACUUACCGGGAUCCCCGGACUACCUCCGCAUCCGUCGCUGGCGCAGUACUUCUCACCUUUCUCCCUCUACGGCCCACGUUUGGGUACGCCACCAUCUAUGCAUCCAUAAACAAUCGGCGAUGUAGGUAAGCAUUCAGGAAUGGCCUUGUGAUUGACUUUGACAGAGAUUUGGAAGUUUAAACUUGGCUGAAAAUAGGGUUUCUCAUUGUAAAUAUAAAGUAAGCUCAGACUUGAAAAUGUUUAUUGUCGAGACGGCUGAGAUGUUCUUUUGCAUACAGAAGAAAAUUCAAAGAUCAAAGUUUACUAAUUUCGCAGCUUUUUAGUAGGAGCUUAUGUAUUUUGGGGGCUUGUUUGAUUUAAAUAAAACAUGAAAGUUUUACAGCCUUAAAAUUUAUGUCAAACUGACCAAAUGAGGAAAUUCUCUUUAAAAUGAUCGAAAUAGCGCUGCGAUUUUUUUCCUUCAUUUUUGUGGCAUAAAGCAUAUGCUUCUCGGGCUUAUUUUUCCUCGGAGUUUCAAGUUUCUUCUGCAGUUCAGCAUUGAUAACUUUUUACUGAGAUCUAUCCGAGUAAUUCAUGAAAUAGAUAGUCCAGCUUUGAAUUGAAUAUGUAAGUAAACGGAAGCAUUGAUGCAUAUGCUUUAUACUCAAAAAAAAAAUUUUGAUGUGGUUGUUUAAUAUUAGAACAAAUCUCAAAUGAUUUUUUCAAGUUUCCUUAGCCGAAAAAGAAUUUGCUUUCUUUCCUCGCUCCAUACAAAUAUGUAUUUUUCAUAUGUAAUUCAUUAAUUUAAAAAAUACAAAAAUGAGAGCCCAAAAUCACAUAAACUCCUUUAAAUUAAAGCAGAGAAAAAACAGAAAUAUUCAAAAAUAAAAAAAAAUAAAGAAAAUCAAUGAUAAAAAAAUUCCUGUAAUUCAUUAAUAUUCUCGCAUUGUAGGAAUUCUCAGCAAUUCUCAUAAAAAUCUUCCACAAUCUAUUGGAAUUUAAUCCAAGAAAUAAUUGUACAUCUCAGAAAGGCAAUUGCCUCCAAUCAAUUCCGUGAUAACGAGAAAAUUGCAAACGCCCACGCGAAAAAGGUGGAAGAGAAGAAAAAUCUCGCAAAUCGAUGAAUUCAUGUCGUGUAUAAAGUUGUGUAAUUAAAUUGUAAUUAAAAUAUGGUCUAUAAAUCAAUUUUAAUUGAUUAAUACCACCACAAAAAUAUACACCAAGAAAUGAAAACAUUGUGCUAAAGCAGAGGUUAAGAAGGGAAAAAUAUAAAAAUAAAAAAACACGAUUGUUUCCCAUGCGGAAAGAUUAAAAGGCAAAAAAAGGCAGGAGGGAGAAAAGAAGUUUAUAAGAAGAGAAAAAUGCUAAAUAAUAUAUUGCAAAAGUAUUUUA